AUGGCUUCCGUCACAGUCAAGCGAUCGGUCAGCUACUCACAAUUUGUCAAAUUUCGGAAGAUCCUGAGAUCGAGGUCUCUGACAGUCUCUUUGAGAAAUGAAUAUACACAAGAGUCUUACGCAGAAGAUGAGCCAGAGGCUGAAGGGAGCACUUUGCGGGGCAGGUACCCAGGUCAUCGGCCGACAUCAGUGUUCCAGAAGGCUCUCCUUACUGCAGGAUCUGCUGCUAUGGCGUUAUACAGUCCAGAUAGGGGAGACAUGGUUGCCACUUUGGGUGAUGUGACGGCAGAACCGGCUCUGAAACUGAUCAAACAGAGAAUGGAGCAGGACCCAGUAGGGAGACAGAUACUCGAAGAGAAGCCGCAGAUCACCAGCCAGACGUUGUCCAUUGACUACCUGGGCAGUCUAGGGGAUAAAACCUUCGGCAAAGAGUACUGGCGGUUCCUCACCAAACAUGGAUUCUCCCCAGAUGCACGCCUCCCUGUCCAUUAUGUUGAUGAACCAGACCUGGUGUAUGUGAUGUCACGGUACCGGCAGUGUCACGACCUGUUCCACACGGUGCUGGGAAUGAAGCCUAACAUGCUAGGGGAGUGUGUGGUCAAGUGGGUGGAGGCCAUACAGCUGGGCCUCCCCAUGUGUGCCCUUGGAGCCAUGUUUGGGCCUCUCAGACUUGGACCCAACCACAGACAGAAGUAUCUGGACACCUAUCUACCCUGGGCAAUUAGAAAUGGUCAACAAGGAAAGUUACUCAUGAAUGUCUACUUUGAACAAGAGUGGGAGAGGGAUUUAUCUGACCUUAGAGAAGAACUGAACAUUGAGGAUCCACCAGAAGAUCCAUAUCCUGAGGCCAAGCGGAACGAUGUGUAAAAUUAUAUGGUCAAGGGAAACUAAAGAUUUGAUUACCUGUGUCAAGAAAUCAUGUAUGAAGACCAAUCAUUGGAAAACAUACAUGUAGUAGAUUAACUUAGUGCUGUGAACUGUUAACACAAUGGACAUUGGUAGACUCGAAGAGUUCUGUUCUGUUCAUGUAAACCUUGCCGAAAGACCCGUCAAUAGGUCUAAAGUUUAUAGCAUAAAUAUUGGACAGUAGAAGUAUUGGAGCUCUGUAAAAUCUUUAUAAAUAUUUAUUUGACUACAUUUAAAUAGAUUGUAAUAAUUCUUUAUAUGUACCGGUAUGUUAAGUCAUGUUAAAAGUUUGAUUGUUUUUUUGUUACAUUAUGUUCUAUUAAAAUGAUUUUGAUGGAGAUAUU